UCGAUAUAAACCAACAAAAAUCGAUUUGGUUCCAGCUCUAAUUCACUGUAACCUAACGUUGUUUGUUGUUUGUAAUUCGGCUGCGAAAGGAAAAAAAACCUCACCAAGAACUCCGUGUAGAGAGAUUCCACCCAGUCCAGUCCAGAAGCAACCCGAGUAGCGAGAAAAUGUCGGCCAAACGCAAGGCAGGUGGCAACGGAGCCGGACCCAACAAGCGGCGCCCGAAAAAAGAGUCUGACUACGAGGACGAGUUCAGCGAUGAGUCCGACGAUGAAGGUGUGCACCAGCAGGCGGCGGUCGCCAACCAAAUGGAGGUACUCAUCCCACACGAUGACCACGACCCGCCAAGCAAGCUGCCUGAAGACUUGUUGGCCACGCUGGAGAAGACCCCGGGCCAAAUGCUGCUCGCGGGCAUGGUGACCUGGGACCUGACCGGAAAGCGGGACCGCAAGAACGUCGCGAAGGUGCGCCCGAACUUAUACAGUUUUCACCGGUUCACGGACGAGAAGUAUCGGUAUGUGGCUAGCGGUCCUAGUGCCGCUCACACCAUUGUCAUCAACAUGGAUCGCAAGGCUCUCGGCUUCGGACGCAAUCCCAGCGGACAGCUUGGUCUCAGCCAGGAUAUCAAGUUGGCGGAGAAGCCCACGCUCAUUCCAGCCCUAGAGCACUUGAACGUGGUGCAGGCUGCUGUCGGCCGGCACCACACUCUUUUUCUCACCGACACGGGCACAGUGUACGCCUGCGGUGAGAACAAGUCCGGCCAGUGCGGUGUGGGCAAUACACACGCCAACAUCUACUCGCCUACGCCGAUUAACUACCGAGGGCCGCCCAUUAUCCGAAUUGGGUGUGGGGCUGAGUUUUCAGUCAUACUGGACAUCAAGGGCAGCCUACACACGUUUGGGCUGCCGGAGUACGGCCAGCUGGGCCACAACACGGACGCCAAGUACUUUGUGAACGCCAACAAGCUAUCAUUCCACUUUGAGACUUCGCCCAAAAAGGUGGUGCUGUACAUAGAGAAGAGCAAGGAGGGUCAUGUGACACCAGUCGAUGGUGUGCAGAUCGUUGACUUUGCAUGUGGCAACAAUCACACGGUUGCCAUCGACUCAAAGAAGCGCGUCUACAGCUGGGGAUUUGGAGGUUUUGGGCGCCUCGGCCACGCCGAACCCAAAGACGAGAUGGUACCGCGACUCAUGAAAUUUUUCGAUACCCAGGGUCGGGGUGGGCGCAGUGUGUACUGCGGCUCAACUUUCAGUCUGAUCGUAAACGAGCUGGGCCUGCUCUUCCUGUUUGGUCAGAAUAAGAAAACAGGCGAGGCAAAUAUGUACCCGAAGCCUGUUCAGGAUCUUUCCGGCUGGAACAUUACCGAUAUUGGCUGUGCCAACACAUCAAUUAUGAUUUCGGCAGACGACACACUGAUCGCCUGGGGCGCAUCGCCCACGUUCGGAGAACUGGGCAUCGGGGAGUUCCAGAAGUCUUCGACGGUGCCUAAGGAGGUGCCAAAAUUGGACAACAUUAAAAUACCUCAGGUGACUAUGGGCUACUCGCACACGGCGCUGCUUGUGGACACUAGCCACGAGGCCACUAAGCAGAAAUACGAGAAAAUGCCCGAGUACACAAUCGAUGAUUAGGUUGCGAACAACUUUUCCGCAAGCAAUCAAGUGCUGCUACAAACAAGUAUACCGCUGCCAACAACAAUACUGCUCCACAUAGGAAACCCUGAGAACUGAUCAUCGAAACUCUGCUGCUACUUAUUGAAAGUGAAACUAAAAAAAAUCAGCAAAUUGUAAGCUAUAAGUUAAAAGUUCAUUUAUACGCUAAACUCGCUAUCUACAUACUAUACGAUAAUCUCAAAAUAAGGAAAAAAAAAUAUUUUGUUUCCAAACACUUAUUUAUUUUUGUAACAGAUCCGAUUCCCUCCUCAACCUAUUCCCUUGUUUUUAUAAUUUAUUGUCGCCCACCUUUAGGCUUACUCCAGAUUUUACAAAACGUAUGAUUAACCAGUUUUAUUUUAAAAUGUACACAGUAUUCUGGAUUCAUUUCGAACAGAGUGAACAAAAGCAAACCACAAACUACAAAACACGUAAAUUAACGAACUAAGCGCAUAGGUUACAUAUAAAAAGUAUACCAUGGAACAAAUCCAAUACCAGUUGCAACUAUUAACUAGUACAUCAUGCAUUUUAAUCAUAUACAAAUGAAUAUUUAAAUAAAAAGAAUGUUAGUACUUAGAUAAAA